AAAAAAGAGGGAAGAAGGGUAGUUUUUGACAACACACCUCUCGCCAUGAUUUAUCCACUCCAAGGGUAAACACGGAAUGUCGCCUCGUAAUUACUUCACCCCACAUCCUCAUCUCCGACAUGAAAACCUUGUAUUUCCCGGAGCCCCGGUCGAAUCCCAGGACACCCAGAGCGUAGCUCUGGCAAUGACGCCCCAGCCGCACAGAACGUCUCCUCGGGAGGAAAACGUGGCGCCUCGUACUGGGGUUACAGACGGCGACGUCGCCGUCGUUGUUGGACAGGCAGAUCAGCCCGUUCGCGGCCGCCGGCGGAUUGGUCAGGUUUUCGAAGUCCGGGCCCUCCAAAAACCGGAACUCUUCUUGGAUCGAUGGGUCGGUGUAGUUUAUGGCGUAGAAUUCGUGUUUGCAUUGGGGAGAAGGAAGGGCGAGGAGGAUGCUGACGCCGCCGGGACGGGCGGAGGAGCGGCGGCGGUGCACCUCGGCGAAGUGGGGGUCGGCUAUGAUGGAGCGGAAGAGUUUGGAGACGCAGUUGAAACGCUGUACGGAUUUGGCCGGAAGCCGGAUCUGAAGACCAGAUAUGGAGGUUCCAAUGGACCUCGUAUUCACCAACUGAAAUCUGAGUUUCAAUCUUUGCGUCAAAAGGGACAAACUGUGGUUGUCUACUAUAACCAAUUUGUGACUUUGUGGAACAAGCUAUAUGGAUCUGUUGAUCCAACGUGUGGUUGCCGGUGUGAGGCUGCGGCUUUGAUUCGGGCGCGCGAGGAACAGGAGAAGACUCAUCAUUUUUUGCUCGGGCUUGACGACGAACAGUUCGGUCACAUCCGGUCUCAGAUUAUUGCCACCGAACCUGUUCUGGACAUACACCGGGCUUAUGCACUCAUCGUUCAAGAGGAACGCCACAAGAGCAUUGUCUGUGGCCGAGAUGACCGUACGGAUGCUCUUGCCUUUGCCAUGCAACGUCCUGCUCAUACCAUGGGUCGUGGAGACCCCCCCAAUUACUCGUGCACGCAUUGUGGAAAAGAUGGACAUUCGGUGGACCGGUGUUAUCAAUUGCAUGGUUACCCGCCCGGAAAGGGGCGUGGGGGCUGCGGCACUACAUCGGGCCGUGGGGGUCGCGGCAGAGGCCGAACGCCGUCCGGAGGCAGUAGCGCCCCUGGCCGUGGGACUGGCCGAGGGGUAGGAUCGGCGAUAGGGGGAGCAAAUGCAGCCACCAAUUCCAACGCCCUAGGCCUCACACCUGAUCAGAUGACUCGGUUACUUUCCAUGCUCGACGUCUCUUCUUCCGACAAGGAUACUGGGUCUAAUGGUGAGGCAUCGGCUCGUGAGUGGCUUAUUGACAGUGGCGCCUCUCAUCACAUGACUGGAUUGUGUCACGAAGAUGGAGAUUGGACGGGGUGAUGCACACAAUGGAGUUUUCCUGUUUCGUCCAUGUUCUACAGCAUUUGCUACCCAAGUGGAUCCUUCUCUCCUUCAUAAACGCUUGGGGCAUCC